GGUUCUUUCUUUUGCCUUCGCAUCCUAUAGCCUGUUUUCACAUGCUUUUGUAGCUAAAGACAAAAACCCAAUUCUCUCAGAAAAACAAUGACCAGUUGGCAAAAAAAGAAAGAAAAAGGUUCCUUGGUGUGAAACAGAAUGUGCAGCUCAGACCCCGCGCCCUCAGGGCCGGUCUUGCAGGUGGAGUUCUGCAGCUGGGCUGGGGCUGGGGCUGGGGUUUGGGAAGUUGCCGGCUUCAUGGGGAUCCGCUGGCCCCACCCACCGGCUGAAAGGCGAUCCGAGCUGUAGCGGAGCCGGAAGCUGGCUGCGGCUCCUUCCCAAGAUGGCCGCUCCCGGACGCACCGCGGGGGCCCUCCUGCUGCUGCUGCGCCUCAGCCUGGUGGCGGGUUAUCCCAGCGGCAGGGUGACGGAGUCCUGCGGGGACAUGGUCCCCCGACACGGCCACGCCCCGCGCCCCGACCCCGUCCACCGCGUGGCCGUGGCCCGGACGACAUUCAUGCCGGGAGACCAGAUCGAAGUUACGGUGUCGGGGCCGGAGUUUAAAGGCUUUCUCAUCGAGGCCCGGGAUGCUGAGGAUCUGAGCGGCGCUCCUGUGGGCUCCUUCACGCUGAUUGACAGCCAGGAGUCCCAGCUUCUGACUUGUGGAGAUAAGCAGGGGUCAGCGGUGAGCCACACCAGUGCGCACAAGAAGACAGAAGUGAGAGUCUACUGGGACGCCCCCGGCAGCGCCCCCAACCACGUGCAGUUCCUGGCCACGGUCCUGGAGAAGUAUAAAAGCUACUGGGUGAGGAUUCCUAGUCCUGUCAUUUCACAGCCAAAGGCCCCGCCCUUUUCAACACCUGGGACCACACCAGCGCCUUCGCCAGCCUCGCCUGCAGUCUCCCGCCUCACCAAAACAUUCAGCACCUCCGGCUGUGGGAGCAGGAAGUUCUGUGUGCGGAGCCCCUCGGCCUGCGACCCAGCGAAGGAGGCCGCCUGCCUCUUCCUGUCCUUCACGCGGGACGGCCAGUCGGUGACGGUGGAGAUGAGCGGCCCCAGCAAAGGCUACCUGUCCUUCGCGCUUUCCCACGACCGGUGGAUGGGCGACGAUGACGCUUACCUGUGUAUUCAUGAGGACCAGACCCUGAGCAUCCGACCUGCCCAUCUGACGGGGCGGAGCCACCCGGCCCUGGACUCCUGGGACGCCCUGGAGGACAUGGCCUGGAGGCUGGAGGAUGGCGGGAUGCAAUGUUCCUUCAGGAGAAACAUCACCCUUCCUGGCAUUGAGAAUAGAUUUGACCUAAACACAAGCUACUACAUAUUUCUAGCAACUGGUGCAGCCAAGGAUGGUCGAAUUUAUAGACACUCCCAGCAGCCUCUGAUUACAUAUGAAAAACAUGACGUGACAGGUGAUCCGCAGGACGUGGGAGCGUCUCGGGCCCCGCCCCUGCUGAGGGCUCACGGGGCCUUGAUGCUCGUGAGCUGGAUGACGACCGUCAGCGUGGGUGUCAUCGUUGCCCGGUUCUUCAAGCCCGUUCUGUCCAGGCCUUUCUUCGGCGAAGCCGCUUGGUUCCAGGUGCACCGGGCGCUCAUGCUAAUUACUUCCUCCCUCACCUGCAUUGCCUUCGUCCUGCCUUUCAUUUACCGAGGAGGCUGGAGUAGCCGUGCAGGUUACCACCCCUACCUCGGCUGCAUGGUGCUGGUCCUGGCGGUUCUGCAGCCCCUGCUGGCAGCCAUGAGGCCACCUCUACACGACCCCAGGAGGCACCUGUUUAACUGGACGCACUGGGGGAUGGGAACAGCUGCUAGAAUUGUGGCAGUGGCGGCGAUGUUCCUGGGGAUGGAUUUGCCGGGACUGGCCCUUCCCGGCCCGUGGAAGACCUACGUGAUGCUGGGGUUUGUCGCCUGGCACGUGGGGGCAGAGAUCGUGCUGGAGGUCCACGCGUACCGCCUCUCGCGCAAAGUUGAAAUACUGGAUGACACUAGAAUUCAGAUUAUGCAGACCUUUACCAUGGCUGAGGCAGAAGGCCAUGGCUUUAAGAAGGCGGUGCUAGCCGUGUAUGUCUGUGGGAACGUGACUUUUCUCGUCAUAUUCUUGUCUGCCGUCAGCCGUCUCUGAGCCUGCCACGGCCUUGCUGUGCCGGCCAGGUGACGGUCUCAUCGAGCCGAGGAAUGCGAGACCCACGCCACCUGCCGGGCGUGGGCAGGGAAUCCGAGUUGGAGACCAGGCCAUGCCCACGUGGGGUUCUGGUGGCUGGCCCUUAGGGUCCUGUGGACUGUGAUGUGCCGUCCAGCCUUUAGGUGCAGGUCCGAGUCUUAAAGGGAAGGUCGAGGAGAAGUGACCCUCAAAUAUUUCUCUUUUCUGCACCUUUUUAUUGAAUGUAUCGGGGUGACACUGGUUCAUGAAAGGAUACAGGUUCCAGGCGAAUAACUCCACACCCAUCAUCUAUACGCUGUCUGGUGUGUUCACCACCCCAAGUCAGGUCUCCUUCCAUCACCAUUGAUCCCCUGUCUCCCCUCCCCCACUUCCCUUCAGCCCCCUCCAGUAUUUCUAUGCUGAGAUUUUAAGAAUGUUAGAAUUUAGGAAUGUAAACAAGAACUAUUUGGAAAAUAAAGGAUGACGUUAGGAUGGAAAGGGGAGGAGAGGUACUAUAUUGGGGCUCUGGAAGUACUUUAGGUCUUUUAAGACAUCUACAGGGUGUCCCCAAAAAUGAGUACACACUUUAACAGCUGAUAGGUCAAUUUUAAAAAUAGGAUGUAUUUUAAUAAACAUUGCCUUUAUAAUUAUUCAAAGUGUGUAUACAUUUUUGGGGGGACACCCUGUAUUUUUACUAGUUUAUCUCAAUGGUCUUUUUUCCUAGGGCUUUUUGGGAAACUGUAUUUUUCAGUCCUGUUUUGGGGACUCAUUCCUUGCUCUGUGUAUCUUGUUUCUUUGGUAAAGGUGGAAAUGGGGCUGACCCAUGGUAAGUGUUAACAUUGAAACAUAUUACGGAUAUUAUAAUGUCUUCCCUAGCUGUGAAGUGUGAGUGUGCAUCUUCUGCUUAAGAACUGCCUUUAUAUUUUCAGCAACAGAGCUGAUGGCUUUUUAUAUGCUGGUGUUUUGACAAUAAGAUUUGAAUCCGACAGCCUUUGGAGAUUGUAGACUCGAAUUUCAAAACGAAUAAAGCUCACCCUUGUGGACACAUCGAAGUUCCUCUCUUGCCGUGUGGCUUCUGCUCUGCUGGGAGCUCCUGGUGCGCUAAUGAGCUGGAAUCAUCAGUUAUCGUCCUGUCCUUCCUGCUGUAAUCAUUCUCCUAUUUGGGGCUGGGUUUUACACCUGCCAUGAGGACUCCUAGCCAGUGGGGGGCGCCAUAUACCAAAGUACAGCUUGGUUCCUGCCUCCUUGGGCCAAGAUCCCUUUUCAGAACUUAGAUAACAUCAUGGAUGUAUUUUCCUUAAAAUCCACCGACUCUAUCUUCAUUUGAAAAAAAUCCUGCCUUUUUUUGGUCGGGUGGGGGAGGGUCGGUAUUUUGCGUCAGAAACUGAAAUUAAGUCCAUUGUUUCAUUUGAUUUUUCUUCCCUGUGAUUAUCUGUAACAACAGUUUGAUAUGUCCCUUUACAGUCCUCUGACCCUGUGGCCGAUGAACACAGCGAUCUUCGGCACAGGACACAAGCACCGUGGACACUCUCAAAAUAAUAAGAGUGCAGGGCGCACAGUUCACUUCUGUAGCUGUUCUGGUUACGUUACCGUUUCUGGUUGGCCCGAGGCCCUGACUUCUAUCGGGGGUAAGGCAGCCUCGGCCAUGUGUCCGGCGCCUCUGACUGGGUGAAGUGAUGGGGAGGUGUGUUUUUCUUCCUUUUAGUGGAGUUUCUCACAAGCAGCGUAGGGGUGAGAUGUGGCUUUCCCGUAAGUGCCCGGCUACUCACAGCCUAACCCUUCCUUUUGCAUGUAUGUUGAAAAAUAAAUUUUUUAAGCCUAGAAAAUGAAAUGUAUACUAAACUGGUUUUCACCAGUUUUCACCUCUAAAGGGCGUAAAGGCUAGGGAAUUUCUCUCGGUCGGUUCUGUUCUGCAUGUGACAGGGAAGGAUUCUCUGAAGGGAAAGGGGGACCUCGGUGUGUUUGGUUUUCAGUAUGUGAACUUGCUCAUGUUCAGUUUUUCUACUUCCCGGAUUCAUCUGUGGGCGCUCUUUGGAUAUGGCAUUGAUCGAUGGAGAGUUGCCCAACGAAGUUUUUGUCAUUUAAUCUUAAUUGAUGAAACUUUUUCAGUAAUACCAAGUCAGGAUGCUUCUGCUAUGAAUGGUAAGAAGGAACUCUUACAACAGCAACAGCAUGGAGGCACCUGGAGGGUGUGAUGCUGAGUGAAAUCAGCCAGUCAGAGAGAGGCAAGUGUCACAUGAUCCCACCCACGUGUGGAAUCUAAUGAACAAAAUACACGGAUGAACAAAAUGGAUCCAGAGACACAGAACCAUGAACAGACGGAUGCACUUCAGAGGGAAGGUGGGGGUGGGGUAGUGGGGGGAGAGUUUACCCGUGGAACUUGUAUGCGUAACAGCAAACAAAGUGGACAUCUGCCACACUUUCAACAAUAAAGAUAAAUUUAAAAAAAA